AUGUUUUCAGCCCGUCAGCCAUCACUUAUUCACACUGGAGGUGGGCGAUCCCUGUCCAGGUCUGAGUGCUAUACUUUGCUGGAUACUUACAAUUGCUAUCUCAAAGACAAAACACAUCUGCACUUAACUGUUACAGAAAACACAGGUGAGGUAACGGUUGAAGGGAUUCUGGUUGUCUCCUGGGGAGUGAGGAGACCCAUCAGGCUAAAAAUACAAGAUGAAAAACAGAUGCUUCCAUCUGAUGCCCUCCAGUCCCCAGUCAGCCCACUGGGUGGCAAGAGGGGAAUGAUCCGAUGGGGAGAAUGGGAUGAUCUGUAUCACAUUGAUGAACUGGAGGAAACUGAAGAUGAAAAACUUACCAACUUAAACACAGAUUAUAGAGAGUAUGAAACCAGCACGCUAAAGCCUCCUCGGUCCAAACCCGUGGUGGAGGAGACAUCCAACCUGUUCCGCACAAUGAGUGACGCUGCUUUGGUGAAAAAGAGAGUGAAAAGCCAGAACUCAGCAGAAAGGCAGAGAAACAGAAAGCAUCGCUUCUCCAUUAAUGGCCAUUUCUACAACUACAAGACCUCAAUCUUUACUCCAUCAUAUGGCACAACUACAAAUGUGCACAUCAACAGUAGAAUGACUACUCAUGAAGUUAUUACACAGUUGCUUCAGAAAUUUAAGAUAGAAAAUGAUCCAAAUGAGUUUGCCCUCUACUGCAUUCAUCAGAGUGGAGAGAAAAGAAAGCUGGGAAGUUCAGACUUUCCCUUGUGGGAAAGAAUUCUUCAGGGCCCUUCAGAAGAAAUCAUGAACAUUUUUCUGAUGGACAAAGAUGAACAGGAAGUCAGCCUCGAUGUAGCUCAGUACCUCAACUUAGAGUUGCCCUUGCUUGAAGGGGUUCUGCAGAAGUUAGAAGAGCAAGAAAAUGAGGAAAUAGAAAAACUCAUCACAAAGUACAGUCAACAGCGCAGCCUGCUUACACAUUGCCUAAACUCAAAGAUAACACCAAAAACAGAAACAACUGUGUAG